AUGGCCAUGCCUGCAGCCAUCACAAGCAACGUAUUCAAGCGGUUUCAGAGGUUUAGGCCGCUUACUUUUGCUGGCACCCACCGCCCAGAGGAAGCUGAAUAUUGGCUCAACCGAGUCAACAAGUUGCUUUGGCCUCUCCAUUGUUCUGAAGUGGAGAGUGUUGAACUCAUCUCUUACCUCUUCGAGAAAGAGGCUAACUUAUGUUGGGAAAGUGUUCUUAUGACCAUUACAGAGAACUAUGUAUGGACGUGGGAAGCAUUUGAGGCCCAUUUCAAUCAGAAAUACCUCCCACAGACGUACCGGCAUGAGAGGGAGAAUGAAUUCUUACGCCUCCAACAAGAAGGGAUGUCUGUGGCACAAUACGAAAACCGCUUUACUAAAUUGUCGCUAUAUGCUUUCCAAAUAGUUACAGACGAGGCAACUAAAAUGCGACAAUUUACUGAGGGCUUGAGGAGCGGCAUUCGCUCGAAGAUGUGUUGUGCAAAUAUCAGAACGUAUGCCGAACUGGUAGAGAUGUCAAUACGGGUGGAACAAGAUGAGGAGAGAUUCUCACGAACUCGUUCACAGCUGGGCCCACGAAGCAGGAUAGAAGGACAGUCCUCAUCCUUUGCCAGGAAAAGGUUGCGCCUGAAUUCUCUGCCUAGGCUUGCAGCCACUCUGACCACUUCUACGUGA